GGGACGCAGCCAAAGCCCGGGAAGCUGCUGCAGGGGGCGAUGGCCGGGCCAAGCCCCGGUCCCCACGAGAUCCUGGCCCCCUCCCCAGAGGCUGGACACAGAACAGCCACCUCAAGCUCCAGUCGCCGUGGCCUCCUCUGGCGCCUACGAGACAAGCAGUUGCGCCUGGGCCUGUUUGAGAUUGGCCCCGGGCAUGAGCUGCAUCGGUUGACCUGUAUGAUGCAGGCAGGGCUGUGGGCUGCCACCCAGGUCUCCAUAGACAACCCACCCACGGGACCGCCCACCCAGGAGGAUUUCUCUGAGGUCAUGACCCAAGUUCAUGAGGGCUUCGAGCUGGGCACCCUGGCCGGUCCAGUCUUUGCCCGGCUGCGACGCUCCGUGGGCCUGGCAGAGGAGGACUAUCAGGCUGCGCUGGGCCCUGGUGGCCCCUAUCUGCAGUUCCUCAGCACCUCCAAGAGCAAGGCCAGCUUCUUCCUGUCCCACGACCAGCGGUUCUUCCUGAAGACUCAGCGGCGCCGGGAGGUGCAGGUGCUGCUCACCCACCUGCCGCGUUACGUGCAGCACCUGCAGCGGCACCCACACUCGCUGCUCGCGCGGUUGCUGGGAGUGCACAGUCUGCAGGUGGCCCAGGGAAAGAAGAAGUACUUCAUCAUCAUGCAGAGCGUCUUCUACCCCGCCGGCCGCAUCUCCGAGAGGUAUGACAUCAAGGGCUGCGAGGUGAGCCGCUGGGUGGAGCCGGCCCCGGAGUGCAAUGAGCUUGUCUUGGUGCUGAAGGACCUCAACUUUCAGGGCAAGACCAUUAACGUAGGGCCCCAGAGGAGCUGGCUGCUCCGCCAGAUGGAACUGGACACCGCUUUCCUGCGGGAGCUCAACGUGCUGGAUUACAGUCUCCUGAUGGCCUUCCAGCAUCUCCACCAGGACGAGAGGGGCAGCAGCCUCAUCUUCCGCCUGGCCAAGUCCGUGCACGGGGCCCAGAGCCCUGAGGAUCCUGGAGCCCAGAACCGCCGGCUGCUGCCCGAUGCCCCCAACGCCCUGCACAUCCUGGACGGGCCGGAGCAACGCUACUUCCUGGGCCUCGUGGAUCUCGCCACCGUCUACGGGCUUCGCAAGCGGCUGGAGCACCUGUGGAAGACGCUGCGCUACCCGGGCCGAACCUUCUCCACCGUCAGCCCGGCUCGCUACGCUCGUCGCCUCUGCCAGUGGGUGGAGGCGCACACCGAGUGACCCGCGCCUGGCCUCACUGCCCCCAUCCGGAACGCCGGGCCCAGCCCCGGCCCAGGGAGCUCGCCUGCCGUUCCUCAGUUGGCCACAAGAGGGCAGCACCCCCCCAACUAAUGGUCUCAACUCAGCCCCCUUGGAUGGCGGUGCUGCGCCCUGCCACGUGCCAAGGACUCCCCUGCUUGAGCUCAUCCGACCCUCAAAAAUGCCAUUAUUCUCUUUUUACAGACCAUGAAAUGGAGGCUCGGGGGUGCAGGGGCUGAGCGAGAUCAUUCGGCAAUAAAUGCUGGAACAGGACUC